AUGAAUUUACUCACAGCUAUGGGACUUCAGGGCCUUUCGAUUGAAAAUCUCUUUUCGCACCUUCUGCUAUUUUCUCUCUUCAUCACGACAUUUUACUUUCUUCACACAAUUCAUCCGUCCUCUGCCCUGGGCUUUAAUCUCACCAACAUAGGCCCACAAGACCAGAACGUGCACAUCAAAACCUUCGCAGAUGCUUACAUUUCCCUCCAAGGCAUCCUGGUCGCCAACGACGAGCGGGGCAGCAACUUGCAACAGAGGGCAGGUAAGGCCGUGUACGCUCAUCUACUCCCCCUCUGGGACAAGGCCUCGGGAAAUCUCACGAACUUCACCACCCACUACGUCUUCGUAAUUGAUUCGACAAAUAAUUCAGAUUUUGCAGAUGGGCUUGCCUUCUUCUUGCCUCCCAUGGGUGCUAAUUUAAGUGCUGGUGGUGCCAUGGGGCUUCCCAUUGACCCUAGGAACGGAACAGCCACAAGCUCUUUUUUUGCUGUGGAGUUUGAUACAUAUCAGAACCCUUGGGACCCUCAGCACAUCAAUCCUAUUACCCAUGUAGGUUCUAGAAACAAUACCAGAGUUGAAGGAAGCCUCCAUUUACUAGUUGAUCUAAGUUACUUGCCAGAAUCGGUUGAGUUUGAUUUCUCAGCUUCAACAGGAACCAAUUUCGAGAAAAAUAAUGUGAAGUCUUGGCAGUUCAGUUCUAGCCUGCAAAUUGACGAAAAUCCAGUAUCUCCUCCACCUUCAUUGCCAGCAAGGAAGAGAAAGAAGAGAUAUAAAUGGGCUUUCGGCGUGGGAUUGACCGUCGGAUCGUGUGCUUUAGUGGGUUUGAUUGGAUUGGGCUUGUGGAAGAUGAGAAAAGGAAAAGAGGAGGAAAAUUUUGGUUUUGAUCCGUCCAUUGAAAGUGCAUUUGAGAUGAGUAGUGGGCCGAAGAAGUUCUCCUACAAUCAGCUAUCUCGGUCAACCAGCAAUUUCGCAGAAGAAUGA